UUUCUUUAGUAUCCACCGAUAAAACAUGGAUGAAGCUCCAAACAGUGACAUGAAUAUUGAUUAUCAUGGAACUCAGGGUCUUCUCUCUACUAUGCCAAUGCACAUCGGCUUUAAUAUUGAUGAAGAUAUAGGCAUUUCAGAAUUAUUUAAACUUCUUCAAGAGGAUCCAAUGAACAUUGCUCCUAGCACUUCAAAAGAAAAUGUUGCUCUAAAUCAUCAACAUUCUGACAUUUCAGAAUUACCUAGUCUUAAUUUUCAAGAGGAUCAUGAAACUCAGGGUCUUCUCUCUACUAUGCCAUUGAACAGUGAAUUGAAUAUUGAUGAAGAUAUAGACAUUUUAGAAUUAUUUAAACUUCUUCAAGAGGAUCCCAUGAACAUUGUUCCUAGCACUUCAAUAGAAAAUGCCGCUCCAAAUCAUCAACAUUCUGACAUUUCAGAAUCACCUAGUCUUAAUUUUCAAGAGCAGCCCCCUAGCAUUUCGAUAGAAAAUGUUGCUUCAAAUGAUCCAAAUCCUGACAUGUCACAAUUACCUAAUGAUUUUUUUCUUAAAGAGAAGCCCUUGACCACAAACACUAUUCCUAGCAGUUCAUCAACAGAAGAGGGUGAUAAGAAUUCUUCUUCAAGAACAACUUAUCAGAACACCCUUGAUAAGGAUGAUAACUAUUCAUUGUUUUAUAUUUAUUCCAUGGGAGUAACCAUGCUGCGACAAGAAGGAGGAAGAAGAAAAGAAGACCCUAUUCCUAUCGAAGGUGACAUUAAUAUUUCAAGUAGGAGGGAGCAAGACAAUUCUAGAACAAAUGCCAUGAUUCUCCAACAACCUAUGCUAAAAAUUCCAGUUUUGGAGAAAUUAGAAAAGGAGUCCAUGAAACAAAAGUUAACUGUUGAUCAUCCUCUGGUAAUAUCAACAAAUACUAGGAAAGAGAAAGAAAACUCUCAAACCAAUGACUUGAUGAUCCUCAAGCCACCUAUUUCCAGAACUCCGUGUUUAGAGAAUUUAGAAACAGAUUCUAUGAAGCCAAAAUUCACCAUUGAUGAUCAUUCUUUUGGGUCAAGUACUAGGAGGGAGCAAGAAAAUCCUAGGACCAAUGCCAUGAUCCUUAGCCCUCCCAUUCCAAAAAGUCCAAUGCUGAUAGAGAAAGAAAGUGACUUCAUGAAGUCAAAGCUUACCAUUGAUAGUCAAUUUGGAAUUUCAACAAGUAGGAGGGUCGGGGAGCAAGAAAAUCCUAAGAACAAUGGCCUAAUCCUCCAACAACUCGUGUCUAAUAUUCCAAUUUUAGAGAAAUUCGAACGUGAAUUCAACAAGCCAAAGCUCACAUUUGAUCAUCCAUUUGGAACUUCAACAAGCAAAAAGGUCGAGGUGAAAGAAAAUCUUAAGACUGAUGGCUUGAUGCUCCAACAACAACCUAUGCCAAAUAUUCCAACUUUGGAGAAAUUAGAAAGUGACUUAAUGAAGCGUAAGACGAUGCCUGGUCAUACUAUUGCGAGGAAGGAUGAGCAGAGAAUUGAAAGUGGUGGCUUUAAGAGUACUGAUAACUCUUCUACGAAAGAAGAUGAGAUCCACACUGGAGUUGUGAAUUCCUUGGACAUUGAACUUCAACAAAAGACAAGUUCCAAUGGUGGUCCUAUAAGAAGAUUACCUAAUAAGACAAGCUCAAGAUACCAACCAUUUGGGGGACAAACUCCAAACAAGCAAGGAUCAAACAGGCAUGUUUUGUAUCUUUUAUUGUUCAAAUUAGCUUCCCUUUUCAUUGUUGAUUCAUGGAAGUUCCUGAAAACAGUUUAG